CUUUGCUCCGUUGUCGCCGCCUAUGCCCCGAACACUCACAGCUUGGGCUCACUUUGAACAGAACAUCGUCGUCUCCGCUCUUUCUCGACCGGUUGUGCUUUCGCUUCCCUUCUCGCGUUGCAUCCUUGCUCUCUUCAGGAGUUCAUAAAUAGAACGUUCAACGUCUGACAGUUAGCCUAGCGACGGCUCGUGUGCCGUCCGUAACACACGCCAGCAAAAUGUUGAAGAUAUGGAGCAUGAAACAAGCGCAGCAGAAAGCCGAAACAGAUGCGUCAGGAGCAAAGAAAAAGAAAGUCACUGCUGCUCAACUCCGCGUCCAGAAAGAUUUGUCCGAACUCUCGCUAGGUUCGACGAUGAAAACUGAGUUUCCUAACCCCGAUGACAUUCUCAACUUCAUACUCACGAUCGAGCCGGACGAGGGCAUGUACAAGGGUGGCAAAUUUACCUUCACAUUUGCCAUCAACCAGAACUUCCCGCAUGACCCCCCAAAAGUCCUUUGCAGAGAAAAGAUCUACCAUCCAAACAUCGACCUUGAGGGCAAAGUGUGCUUGAACAUCCUCAGAGAAGACUGGAAGCCUGUCCUGAAUUUGAACGCCGUCAUUGUCGGUCUGCAAUUUUUGUUCUUGGAGCCAAAUGCAAGCGACCCACUUAACAAGGCAGCUGCUGAAGAUCUCAAGACAAAUCGCGAGGGAUUCAAGAGGAAUGUCAGAACUGCGAUGGCAGGCGGCACCGUGAGAGGAGAGACGUUUGAGAGAGUUCUUAAAUGAAGUCGCAUACACCCCACUUCCGUUUUCCAGAUGCGCAAAGUUACGAACUUAGCGGAGGACGAUAUCCUAGAUGAGAGAGGACACACGAACAUUAAGAGCGAUCGGAAACGAUAGAGAUGUCAGCUUCUACUAUGCAUGCAUGAGCAUUUGCAGUGGCGAUGCAGCAGCUGUCGGCGUUUGAUUUGGAUUAGUUCAUUUAGCGAGGUUCGUUUUAUGCAGAUACCAACGCGACGAAGACAAGUAACUGGUAACACGUUGCAUUGAAAGCUCGUUUUUGGGCGACUUUCGUUUCCAACAAUCUUGCACGCAAGUUACGAUAUCCGAGUGCCAAGCGCUUUACCAGGGAUACACGCCAUCUUUGUGAAUGAAUUGACCUGCUUCAGCGUCACGUUCACCUCUUAUGAUCUUCAAGAUGUUCUCUCCCGACACUGACGGAUCCGUUGCCCUCCCUCCAGCAGAUACCAUUUCCUCAUCCUUGCCCCUCAGGUUGCUCCUCACCAAUCCGGGACAGAAUAUGAAGACUUUGACACCUUGCGGUGCCAAGUCUUUGAAAUCCUGCAGCGCCCACAUAUUCAGCGCUGACUUGCUCGUUCGGUACACGGUCCACUUCGAAUGGUAGCGUACGCUCUCCGGAUCUGCGCAUUGCGUCAAGGAGCCCAACCCGGAGGAAACAUAGAUGGAUCGCGCGUCCUUGGACUUGAGAAGCAAAGGUUUGAAAGCGUCCGCUACGAUGGCAGGACCUGUUACGUUUGUCGUAAGCACCUGGUCUAGCUUUUGCUUUAACGACCAGUCCUUUGGCAACGUGUUGUCGCUCAACCCGGCGUUGUUGACCAGCACAUCCAGCCUGCCAAAUUGCUUCUCGACGAAGUCAGUCGCUGCCGCGAUGGUGUCCUCUUUAGUCACGUCCAAAACGGUCGAGUAGAGUUUGCCCUUGAUGCCCGUCGCCUCGAUUUCCGCCUUGGCGGCUUCGAGAGGCUCCUUGUUCCUUCCAGUCAUGAUGAUCUGAUAAUCAGCUGAGGCGUCAGCUAGAACUUUGGCGGUGGCAUAGCCAAUGCCUGAAUUGGCUCCUACACGCGUGUCAAUGAGAAGGGUCUUAUUCUGGAGGCGUUCAAAAGGUAUACCGGUGAUGAGAACGACGGUCGACAUAUUCGAUACUUUAAUGGUUAGCGUGGCUGUACUUUUGGUUUCUCCUUUGACUUGUCGUUGUUUUCGCAGAGAUAUUUGUCUGUAGAUUUUUAAAGCAGGUCACAAAGGACAUAAGGGUAUCAUAUUGAUGUUUAAAUCCGGCCGAAAACUGAUAAUGUCCAGGCAAUGGCUAAGUCCGGUUAAAUCCUUCAUGUUCAGAGUACCCCGAAUGAAUGACCC